CAUCUCUCCUGGGCCCCAUCUGUAGGCUCCACACACCUGCACACAGACCCAGGAUUCCCGGUCCACACGGCCACGGUCCACACGGCCACGGUCCACGUUUCCGUGGACAGUCAUACUUAGGCGCACGGAUCCCAGUUCGGUCAUCCGGGGAGAAUUUUUCUGGUCCCACAGUAACGGGAAGGUUGCUCUGCCGGUGGCCUGGAAGUCCACGCGUCAUUCCAUCAUUCAGAGAUGUUUACCUCGUACGUGCCCAGCACCGUGCUCACAGCAGGACACGGCAGGGGACGAGACAGGUCAGGUCUCAGACUUUGAGGAACUUACAUGCCAUUGGGGCUUGUCAGUGAACAAGUAAACAAACGUGAUGACCUCACAAGCUGGAUUCCUCCCGUCACUGUAUUCUAGACAAGAUCAGGCAAGACAACCCGUACUAGAGUAUAUUCUAGUUCCUUCCUGUGAGAGAGUGUGCUUGCUGCCCGGGCCAGGCAAGAAGCUGUCGAUGGUGUGCAUGAAGGGAAGCCACGGGUGGUGGUCACCUCUCGCCUCUGCAUGUGGCAGACAUGAGUGUUGCUUAAACCAUAGCGGUUAGGAGCUCAGGCCCUGGAAUCAGAUGUUGGCUAAAUUUGUGGUUUUAAGAAAGCCUGAGGGCCGGAGGGCAGCCCUGGGAGAAGCCCUUCCUGGGGGCACUUGGAACCUUCUGGUCCAGAGGAGAAGGCGUCCCCUCACCUGGACUUAUGACCCGCGGCUUUGCUCCCACUCUACCCACUGAGUUCCACAAGAUGGGCUCCUUCCGCAGGCCCAGGCCGCGCUUCAUGAGCUCCCCGGUGCUCAGCGAUCUGCCCCGAUUCCAAGCAGCCCGGCAGGCUCUGCAGCUGAGCUCCAACUCGGCCUGGAACAGUGUCCAGACUGCCGUGAUCAACGUCUUCAAAGGGGGCGGCUUGCAAAGCAAUGAGCUCUAUGCACUGAACGAAAACAUCAGGAGGCUGCUGAAGAGUGAGCUUGGAUCCUUCAUUACAGACUAUUUCCAGAACCAGCUUCUUGCAAAAGGCCUGUUGUUUGUGGAGGAGAAGAUUAAGCUGUGUGAAGGUGAAAAUCGCAUUGAGGUUCUGGCUGAAGUGUGGGACCACUUCUUCACUGAGACUCUCCCCACCCUGCAGGCAAUAUUUUAUCCGGUUCAGGGCCAGGAGCUGACCAUCCGCCAGAUCUCCCUGCUGGGCUUCCGCGACCUGGUCCUGCUGAAGGUGAAGCUGGGUGAUUUGCUGCUGCUGGCCCAGUCCCAGCCACCCUCAUCCAUUGUCCAGAUGUUGCUCAUCCUGCAGAGUGUUCACGAGCCCACAGGCCCCAGUGAGGGUUAUUUGCAGCUGGAGGAACUGGUGAAGCAAGUGGUGUCUCCUUUCCUGGGCAUCAGUGAGGACCGCGGUGUCUCGGGUCCCACGUCCAUGUCGGCCAGACGCCACUCCAGGGUCCGGCCCAAGGUCGCGGUCCUGAGCUACGCCUGCCCGACCCCCGCCCUCAGCCGGCCCCUGAAUGAGACGGCCCUGACCCCCCUGGCGGAGCAGGAGGGGGAAGCCUACCUGGAGAAGUGCGGCGGCGUCCGGCGGCACACGGUGGCCAAUGCCCACUCGGACAUCCAGCUGCUGGCGAUGGCCACCAUGAUGCACUCGGGCCUGGGUGAGGAGCCUGGCGGGGAGGACAAGGGCCUGCUCCUGCCGCCCAGCUUCUCGCCACCGCACCGGCAGUGCUCCAGUGAGCCCAACAUCACCGACAGCCCCGAUGCCCUGCAGCAGGGGGCCGCGGGCAGCCAGGGGGACUCCGAGCUGAACUGUGCUUCCCUUGGCUGAAUGCCCACCCCUGGGACCUCCCAGCCCCGGCCUGACCACCAGCGUGAGCACGGCUCCAUCCCCCGGGCAGGGGCAGGUGGGGCAGAGCUCCCCAAGGGGCUCCUCCUGGAGGCCUAGUCCAAGUGCCCCGGUUGUGAACCUCUCUGUUUUCGUGACUGUGACCCCCCUCUUGGCAGCCACGCAGACCCGACUGCCUGAUGCUCACUUUCUGCUUGCCUGACUCCGGAUCCUCCUCUGGGGGCUCUGCCCUCAGAUCAGUGCUGUCUGACUCUCCCUACGAUAUCGCCCAGGGCCGCUGGCCUGAGGAUAGCAGGAGGUCGGCUGAGCCACACAUGGAGCCCGCAAGGAUGCGUUGGCCUCCGGAGAGCCCCUGUAGGUUCUUGUGAUGCGAGGCUGCCAGGAGAAAAGAGAGGUGGUAGAGCGGUACCUCUCCUCCCCUGCUCUGGGUGGAGUGAAAGCAGGCAGCGACCCCUGCCAAGCAGGACACUGGGAGCGCGCCUUCCUUAUUUUACUUUCAGAAUUCCUGGAAAAGAGUUGUCCCUCUGGCGGGUGAGGGUCAUUCUCAUCGGUAUCCAGAUCCUCCAUGCCGCCUUUAACUUUUGGCCCCGGGGGACCACCCGGCUGGAGAAACGUCCUCUUUGAUGAAGCUCAGUGCUCCCCUCUCUGGCCUCCUUCCAAGCUCAAGGAACUAACCUCCCUGGUGGAGUAGCUGGUGCCUUUCAGAAAUUGACCAUUUUCCUGUUGUGGGUGCGGGGCCAGUGGAUGCCAACCAAGUAGUCUGUUCCUGGAUUUGACUUGAAUUUUUUUAAUGUGCAUCGUUUCAAAAAAACAAUUGUUUGCAAAUAUUUGCACGUAGGAUCUUGCAUUGCUCAUUUCCAAGGGCGUGUGUCUUCAAACUAGAAAAUAAACAGCCCCCCCCCCCCACUUAGGAAAAGAGCCUGGAAGUGGUUCAGGGUGCAGGUGAUCCGUGGUGGGCAGGGCUCAUCAGCCGCAGAGUGCUGGAAGCAGCUGGACUUGAAUCCAGAAUGAGCGUCACGGUCUGUAUCACUGAGGUAGGGAGGCUCCGUUUGCCUCAAGAGCAGAGGGUCGUAGCAAAUGCAAUGUCUCAGUGCUUUACAGUAGGGGAAAAUGGGGGGAGAUGUGGGCAGGACCUUUUGGAGAGAGGUUCAUUCCCUGUGAUUAAAGAAGUGCCUGGAAUUUCUAACAUCUGAGCUCUCAAAAUGCUGUUUGGGGCAGCAGGCUUUGGUACUGUGGUGAAUCCUUAACACUGCUCCCUCCGGGUCUGGGCUUUUUAUCCACCUAGAAGCCCUCUUCUCUUUGUAUUUGCCUGGUGGCCCCACCAAUAACAGCUCCAGAAAAAAGAGAAGGCUUUCCUGAGUCCUUCUGGUACCUUCUAGAUGUCCUGUUAGUCCUUGGAAACUGUUAACGAGACAUGAGCCAGCUUGGCUUCCAAUCUGGCGGGAGGUGGCUGGGCGAGGGCGAGAACAGUGUGAGCCGCCAGCAGGGAAGGCGGCCUUCUAAGCAUAUCUAAGCCUUGACGGCACAUCCCUUCUGGGUGAAGACCUGGAAUAUGACCAGAGUCAUGCUUUGGAUGGCUUGUACUUUUGGGAAGUUAGUUUAAAACGCUGUCUCAUUUUUAUUCUUCUAAGAAUGUGGAAGAGAAAUGUCCAAAGGAGACCUUCUGGGAAUUUCAAACAAAAAAAAUCUCUGUGUAUGUGUUGGAUGAAGUCCACAAAUUGACUAACGUGCAUUAGCGAUAGAACAUCAGUAAGUAACAACAUGAUGAUUUAUUUGACUGAUGGUGUCUGUCCUUACUGGUACACUUAGCGCUCGGGACUAGUAUUUAUCGAUCCAGGCGAAGUCAUUAAUCAUGCUUGGGUAUGCUUUUUUAGUUUCCGGCGUUAAUGAUAUAUACGCUUGUAAAUGCCUUGUCCUUAUACUAAACGCCCCUGAUGAGGCCAGCAACCGUUGGUUAAACAUGUGAGCUCUUAGGCUGAGAACGGGAGUGUCAGUAGAGACCCAGUAUACUUAAUUGCUGAUGACUGUUAGCCAGUUUACAACUUCACCUUUGAUGUCCAUGCCUGAUCCUGCGCCGUGGGUAUUUCAGACUGUACAGAGACAAUUUUGUUGAUGUUUAUGGGCAUUUUAGCCUUCAGACCUGUCGCGAGAGCGACGGCGGUGGUGCUGGCAAGCACUUUUUCUCCCCUUGCGAGACGAAGCUAGGAUCUUCUGGUUGCCUUUUAAUGACAGGAAGCUAUCACGACUCCAAGCUCUGGGUGUGCUCACGAACCAAAAACCUUUCAUGUCUGUUUCCAAAACAGAUUCAAUAAACGUCAUUUUGUACACAUCA